AUGUUUCUAAAUAACAAUAUGUUUUUCAGAAACUUUUUAUUUUUCAGUCUAUACCAAUUGGCUCUAGGCCAUGUCCAACAUGAACAUGAAUUGACCAUUAAUAGCAGCUCAUUACAGAUUGCCAUUCAAUAUCUCCAACAUUAUGUUUUCCCAUUUGAUGCUCGUUAUAAUGCAAUUGUUGCUACUCUUCUGAUCCAAUUUUUACCAUGUCUAUUUAUUUUCUUAAUUCCAGGACUGAAAAAUAAUAUGGGUAAUGGUUCUGUCACUUCCAGUUUACUAAUGGCCUUUGCAUUAGGUACUUUAUUCGGGGAUGUGUUUUUACAUCUAGUACCUGAAAUAUAUGUAGGAAUUGAUGCACAUGAUCAUUUUAAAUUGCAUGUAUUGAGUGGUACCAUCUUCCUUGGUUUCGGAAUUUUUAUGUUCUUGGAUAAAUUUUUUAGAAUCAUUUCAAUGAGUCCAGACGGUACUCCAGUUUCAUUACAUUCUCAUAGUCAUGCUCCAAUUACUCAAUUUAAUUCUCAUUCUCAUUCCCAUUCUAAUUCAAGAUCUAUUUCAACUGAUGGAAAAUCAUCUCCAAAGAAAAAGAAGAAUAAAAACAAGAAUAAAAAAAAAUCUGGCAAUAAUAACACUGAUUCUACGGAUGAAUUGAACGACUUGGAAAAAAUAUUUGAAUCUUCUACUAAUGCCUCCACUUCUCAUGAAUACCAAUCUCAUUCCCAUGGUUCUAGUUCCUCGGCCUAUUUGAGCAUAAUUACAGGUUUCAUUCAUAGUUUAACUGAUGGUAUUGCCCUUGCUUCAGCUUUUUACAUCUCCAAGGCAGUCGGUGUUACUACCACAAUUGCUAUCAUUUUUCACGAAAUUCCACAUGAGAUUUCCGAUUUUGCCAUCUUACUAUCAUCUGGGUUCACUUUCUACCAAGCUGUGAAGUCUCAGCUUGUUACUUCAAUUGGUGCUGUUAUUGGCACUCUAAUCGGCUGUUGGUUGAACGAAGAUUCUAGCAUGGAUUCUACAAAGAGCAUUUUGAAAUACGCAAGGACAUUAGUUCCAGAAAAUGUUGCUUUAUAUUUAAAACAGUUAGAUUUAUGCUCUUAUAUUCAUCAAAAUGUUAGGGUCUUGCAAUCAUAUAUCCCUCAAAAUAUUAGAAAUUUGCAAUCUUGCAUUCCGUCUGUUAAACUUGAUUGCUUCUAUUCUCACUUAGAAAAAUUUAAAAAUUGUGGCAUAAAUUUAUCCGAAUUAAUGCUACCAUUGACAGCAGGGGGAUUCAUUUAUGUCGCUACUAUCAAUAUUGUUCCAGAGAUUCUAAGAACAUCUGGAAGUUGCAAAUGCAAAGAGGCAUUUGUUUUUAUUUUACAAACUCUUGCUAUUAUUAGCGGGUUUUUAUUGAUUUUAAAUAUGCCUCAUUAG